UGGAAUCCUCGCAGUCGUCCGGCCCACAUCGUCCUCUAUAGAGAUCUGAUACCAAUAGGCUCAAUUUUCACCCGAAAAAAAAAAACACAAAUUCAAAUAGAUUUGCUUGUUGAUUGACGUUUGUAAAGAAAUCGACGACAUUCGUGGAGAAGUAGCGUUUCACUAAAUAAAAGGCAAUCAAGAUCAUUUCGUCAUCAUGAAUUGGAUGCUGUUGGUAGCUGUGAUUGGCUUUGGCUCGAGCUGUUUGGCUGCUUCGCUUCUACCUCACGAGCAGGCUAAAAAUGCGCCUUCUUCUCCUGUUGACUCUAUUCUUCAACCUCGUCAACGAAGAGAUUCAUACAACGUUAUUGACGAUUGCAUGACGGUGACUUCGAAGGAUGGCCAUUUUUACUACAAAGCAAGUCCCAAAGACGAAGUGGAACCAGGUACAACUUGCGGCCUCUAUCUCAUCACCGAUCCGGAACGACAAAUCGAAAUUGAACUACUGCACGUCGACGUUUCUUGCGAAGACGGAGGCCUCAUUUCGGUGGUUGACGGAUGGGAACUCAAUGGCGAAUUCUUCCCGUCACCCGAAGAUCAUCAAUUGCCACUCGACCAACGAGUUCAAUCCGAAUGUGGCAGUCAUCAAGUCAUGCGUCGAUACCUUUCGUCGCAAAAUGCCGCUUUGGUCCAGUACAGAGUGCCUCGUUUAGGCCAAGGCUUUUCCCUCCGCGUCAACUACGUCAAGAAUCCUCAACCGUGCAAUAUCCUGGUGGAGGGGACGUCUUACGUUUACACUUUGAGCAAUCACGGACGUCGCCUCAACUGCAGCGUGACCACUCUCUUCCCUGCCAGCAUUUCACUUGUUUCUCUCGAUGUCGGUUUCACUAACCAGAGGCGAUUGAGUCGUCUCUUAUCAUCCCGUCGUGAUCACUUGAUCGCUCACCGUUCCACGGCCGGCGAAGUCGUUCACAACUGCGAGGAAAAAGACAUGUCAGACUACCUGCAGAUUGGCGGCUCUUCUGGUUUGGAUACUGCUAACAUGUUGGUAUCGGAUUCUAUCUGCGGUGCAGCUCGCGAGCCAAAAGCGUCUGAAGAAACGAUCGCAUGUGGCAUCACUACGGUGCGCCUCGUCUCGAGCGGCCGUCAUCGCAAUUGGGCGCAGGUUUCUAUACGCCCAGCCGAAGAUGAAGAUCUCUCAUUGGCCAAUUUCAUGUGCCCAGCCUAAAGAAACAUCGAGGCAACAAAAAAACAAACAAUUUAAAUAUCAAAUCUAAAUUAAUUAUGUUUCUAGUUUCUCUUAUCUAAAGACCUUUCACGAAAUGAUAUUGAUCCGUUGAAAGUCUACUCGUUUCAAUUCACUUUGACACAUGUCCAUUAGCUAGUCAUUUGACAGUUUUCCGACACUGUAACAAAAAUAUUAUUUAGCCAACAGAUAUAAACACCAUUUCGCCUGUACACGUACAAUGUAUGGCGAUGACAGCACAACUUCCUACAAGAACUUGGGAAAUUAGAGCAUUUUGUUGAAAAUAUAUUGCCGUCUACAAGAGGGCGACAUCUUACAUGCCCCAGUGUUACUCAUGAUCUCCCACACCCCCUACUCGCUCGUCUCUUAAUUAAUCCCCUUACCCAAAUAUUCCCUUUUGUUGUCAAUUCUCCCGCCCGAAGAUCAGGUCAUCAUUAGACUAACGAAAAGACAAAAUUAUGUAUACGGGAUUAUUUACUAUUAUGAUUAUUACAAGAUCAUCAAUGUAUUA